AUGCGAGCCAUAAAUAAAUCCAAAUGGAAAUGCGCAUCCUGCAAACAGCCUAAAGCAACCACAAGCAGCUCCAAAUCACCCAACUCCAAUGAAGAGGCCUCUUCAGGUAAAAUUGAUACAGCGGGAAUAAUGGCGUACAUGGAUAAACACUUCGCCCUACUAAACGACAAGUUUGAUAAUUUCAAAACCUCAGUUUCGGAUCAGCUGGCGACCCUUACGAAGUCUGUCGCUUCGUGGGAAAAGAGAAUAUUAGACCUGGAAACUAAAUGCGGAGAACUAACCAACUGCGCUACCUUAGUUAAAAAGCAGGACAGUGAGAUGCUUGAGUUGAACGGUACGAUAACUAUGCUGCAGGACCAACUUAACAACCAAGAGCAAUUCUACCUCCGUAACGAACUAGAAAUAUCAGGGCUGACUGAGAUGAGCAACGAAAACCUACUCCACACCACUCUACUGUCGGCGCAGAAACUGGGCGUCGAACUCUCCGUCUCCGACAUCGACGGCGCCUCGCGCGUCGGGCCGCGGCCGACGCAGCCGGACGCGGAGCCGCGCCCCGUCGUCGUGCGCCUGCUGCGGAGCGCCAAGCGCAACCAACUGAUACAGGCUGCUCGAGUGCGGAAAAACUUAACCACUAAAGAUGUAGAACUAAGUGGAAAACCGCGAACAGUAUACUUCAAUGAAAGACUCACAAAACACAACCGAACGCUUUUUCGCGACACCAGGAUCAGAGCCAAAAGUUACGGAUACAAAUUCUACUGGGUCAGAAAUGGAGUCAUCUACGUUCGAAAAGAUGAACAGAAAAAACCAAAAACGAUCCGUAAUUACUACGAACUCGACUCUCUCGUUGGGCCAGCCCCAAAAGAUGGGCCAUCUGAAUAA